AUGAGACAUUCAAGGCCAGCCGUCCUCAUUGCCAUCGUGGCCUUUCUGGUAGCGAUUGUGGCACGGCGAGACUGGCCUUCAUGGGCAGAGGAGUUUGAUCCAGCAAAGGUUGUAGCACAGGCAUUCAACGCUACCUCAAGAUCAUGGGAAUUCGGUGCACUGACCCAGGCUCUUUUGGAAUAUGAGAGUCCAAACCUCACGGUCUUUGCCUUCGAGCCUUUUCCCGGCGGUCGUCUUCCUGAGAUCUCUCAUCCAGCCGAAGUGGAGGCGUUACGGUACGCAAAGUCCGUCAUAUGGACAAAUCACUCUGAUCUACUCAUCGAUGGAGAAGGUUCGCCCUCCGAUCCAGCCUCGCUUGGGACAGCUGCAUUACUGCUCUCUGGCCAUGACAGUGCAUACUUUGAGGCCGCAAGACGACAAGCCGAGUAUCUCGUCCAACGAGCAACAAGAUUCCAUCUCAAUGUGACUGCUUCCGCCAUAUCUCACCGUGAUGAGCCGCCAGAGCUGUGGGGUGAUUUCAUUUAUAUGGUUCCUCCUUUCCUUGCAUACUAUGGCGUAGCAACACAAGACCUGCAUUUCUUGAAAGAGGCUGUCCAUCAAUGUCAGCUCUACAACGAUGUGCUAAAAAUAGAUGUUGUGUUGGAGACGGGCGACAUCUGCCGCGGGCUUUGGCGCCAUAUUGUGUCAGAUCCAAUGACCCUACCGACAGGAAUAUGCUGUUCGGAUCCCGAGGUAUGGCUGACGAGCAAUGCGUGGGCAGUAGCUGGUAUGACCCGAGUUCUUGCCACGAUUGUGAAAUGGCAACCGCCACCUGACGGAGGAGUUGCAUGGUCUGAUUAUGCAAAGUUUGCGGAUGCAGCAAAGGACGCACUUGUCGAGAUAAUCACAUCUAUGCUCACAUGCGUUGUCCGUCAGGCUCGAGACCCGGAGUCGAGUUUAGUGAAGAACUACCUUGAUGGUCCACUUUCUCGAUCUGCCGAAUAUGCCUUUGGAGACACUGCUGGAACGGCACUGAUGAGUGCGACGGUGUAUCGCCUGGCGGUACUUGACCCGACAACCUUUGCACGACCAGAUUUGCUCAACUGGGCUGAUGUUAACUGGCGCGUGGUCUCGAAGCACAUUGAUCAUAAGGGCACGGCUGGACCCGUUGCUGAUGUAUCCAACGUACCAAGCAAGGGGCCUGUACGACAAACCAGCGAAGGGCAAAGCAUGGUGCUGCUCAUGUACAGUGCACGACGAGAUUGCGUGAGAGCAGGCUUAUGCCAUCGCCGAAGCCAUCUGGCGGCGAUUCGGGCCAGAAUAGGCUCAAUGUGGCGAGGGCAAUGGCAAUGGCAAUAA